AUGCAAUUGUUGACCUUUCUGAUUUAUGCUCUCAUCAUUGCCGUUGGUGUUGAGGGACGAGUGCGUGGUAAACAAUAUGACGAUGAGCAGGAUACAAUUGUCGAGCUGCCCAAACUGGGCUCGAUUCAGGGUAAAGUUGUCGAGACAGCCUGGACUAAUCGAGAAGUGCUGCAGUUUGUGGAUUUGCGAUAUGCCGAACCACCUACUGGACAAUAUCGUUUUAAGCCGCCGCGUCCUAUAGAGCCCUGGGAAGAUAUGAUGGAUGCAACAGCCGAGAAGAUUGGUUGUCCGUCUGUCGUCUCCAUGGAUUCGCUGACCAAACUGGAUGACGUACUGGACGUGGAGGAUUGUCUAACGAUGACAAUCACAACGCCCAAUGUUACUGGAGCGUUUCCAGUACUCUUCUAUAUACAUGGGGAAUAUCUCUACGAGGGCAGCAACUCGGAGGCACCACCAGAUUACCUGCUGGAGAAGGAUGUGGUGCUGGUGACACCACAGUACCGACUUGGACCUUUUGGUUUUCUCUCAACGAAGACUGAUGAGAUACCUGGAAAUGCGGGCUUCCUUGACAUCUUUCUCGCCUUGCAAUUUGUGAAGCACUUCAUCAAGUAUUUUGGUGGAGAUGCGAGUCGGGUGACGGUGGCGGGUCAAGUGGGUGGUGCGGCCAUAGCGCAUCUUCUCACACUGUCGCCGAUGGUGCAACGUGGUCUUUUCAGUCAGGUGAUCUAUCACUCUGGCUCCGCCAUUAUGCCCAUCUUUUUGGAGGAUAAUCCUCGAAAGCAUGCCCAGGAAAUUGCUCAAAAGACAGACUGCCAAAUGGUCACUGUACGUGAUCUCAACAAUUGCCUGAUGGAACUCAGUGCAAUGGAACUGUUGAAUGCCUUUAUGGAGCAUGCACUGGAGAAAUCAGAUCUGGGAAUUGGUCACACUGGCGGCAUUCAGUUUACAAUCGGCGGACCAAGUGGCGUCUUGCCCAGACAUCCCUAUGAUCUCAUGCUGGACUCCAACUUCUCCUAUCCUGCCAUGGGAGGAUGUCCCAAGAAUGCUGGAACUCGCGUGCUCAACGAGAUUGUCGACAACGACUUUGAAGGAAAGAUUCCCGAUGAUGAGUACAACACCUACAAUUAUAUUGAUCACAUUAUAAGGCAAGUUGUGGGCACCGAUAAGACAAUGCUCCUCACCAGCUUCAUCACCCACGACUUUUUCAAUCGCCAGCUACUCGAGAAUGGCACCUUCGAUAUGCUGAUACCAAGACUUAUUGAUGUGGCGGGCACAUUGAACCACAAGUUGCCUGUGUUGCUGGCGCUCAACAUGAACAACAAACACAAUCCGGACAACACGUUUCUCUAUUCCUUCGACUAUGCCGGGGAGUUUAAUCGUUAUCGGGAAAUGGAUGAGGAGACGAACAUGCAGAGUCCUUUUAAGGCAGGCGUAUCCCUGACCGAUGAGGCGCUAUAUCUCUUCCCCUAUCCCGAGCACGUUCAGCGUCUUAGUCCUCCCGAUGAGGCAAUGGCACGUCGCAUGGUUGACCUGUGGACUAACUUUGUCAUCACCGGCAAUCCUCUAGGCUCCUACAAAGCAGGAUACUGGCCACCCAUGACAACCCUCUAUGGUCCCUACAUGAAGAUUGAUGAAACGCUCACGAUUGGUGGGAACUACUUCAAUGAGUUCUCGGCCACCCUGCGGGAUGAGGAUCAGGGUCAUAGUCUAGUACGAGAGGUCUAUUAUCUUCGCAACCGUUCCGGCCAGAAGAUUCAGGCUCAGUCUCAAUACCAGGCUAUUAGCAGGACUCAGCGCAGGAAGCAGGCGGCGAUUGUGGCCAGCAAACUGAAGAAACUGCAGGUGAGAAAAAGUCUCGUGAAGCGACCAAAUCGCAACAAGUUACGCUUUUAA